AUGGCAACUUCCUCUUCUGCCUCAUCAUCACCUUCGCUCUCGCCCUCGCCCUUUCCAGAGACGCCCGUCGCCCUAGCAAGACCCAGUACAGCCGCCGUCCGCUCUACCAACUACGACAACUACAACCAAGCAUUCUCAGAGGAUACUUCUUACAGCAACACUUAUACCCCUGCUUCCUCCGGCUCUCUAUCCUACUCGUCGCGCACCGUCUCGGCCGCCUUUGGCAAGCAAGUCCUGUCUGCCAUUUCAGAAAACGUAAAGUCUCCUGGAGUCGUCGCAACUGUCGGCUCUCUAUCACGCAAGGCUUCACUCCACGCCCGUGCAAGGUCUCUGGUCAGCUUUGUACCCGCUCUCAACCCCGUCGACACCGAGGAGCAACGCGGUUCAUCCAGGUCACCGCCUCGCAAGGGCCCAUCAUUUACCGACAUCUUUACACCCCGUCGCUCCUCGCUUGCUCCUUCAGAGCCUGAAGAAGAAUCCGAGUACAUCAUGUCUUACAAGUCAUCAUUCACCGGUGGUUCCGGCCGCAUCCCUGAGCCCCAGGCUCCUGCACCGNNAAAACCUUCGGGUCUGCGAAGCUUCUCCUGGUUCGGUUCUACGAAGGCUGCUCCUGUAACUCCUCCGACAGAGAGUACCGUAGGCAUGGAUAUCCUCAACCCAGCAACCUCAUUACUCUUCCCCGUUGGCCUGCCCACCGACAAGACUCCAGCCACCUUCGACGAGCUCCUGCACAAUGCCGAAUUUCUCAUCAACCGUCUGCAAACCGCCUACAAAGAACAAGCCUCCGCACUGCAAGCCGCUCGUGCCGAGCGCGAAGCACAAACCGAAGAGACCGAAGAAGCCUCCACACGCGCCCAGCACCUCAAACUUCAACUCGAGAAUCUGGCCGCACAAGCCGCCGAACAAGCAGCCACAAAUCGCGCUCUCGCCGAGGAACUAGCAGCGGAAAAACAACGCCGCCACGAAGACCGCGAACACUACGAACGCAUCGCUCGCCAAAACGACCUUACACCGCGCCGCAACCGCCACAGCGAUGGCAGCUCCCUGCACAGCGACAGUGGUUUCGAAAGUGAAGCCGAUACUGCGGAUUCGUGCUCGCGUCCUUUGACUCCCACAUCGCCGAAUCCCAACAACUACACUUUGAAUCAUGAGCGCUGGAGUUCUGCCAUGCAGCCUAUUAAGGAGGUUGUCCGUCCUGUCUCGAGAGAUUCGACCACGGCUAGGAUUCCCGGCCGCACUUGCGAGAUCGAUGCUGGAGUAUACAUGUUUAUGCGUGACGAGAAGAUGCGUUUGGAGCGUCGGGUUCAGGAACUCGAAGGUGUGCUUGACGGAUGUUUGGAUUUGAUUGCUUAG